AUAAAGGAAAACCCAAGAUCACAGAACCUACCAGUUGUGAGCCAGCCCAGUCUGAAGGAGCCUUACUCCAGAAACAACUAACACAAGGAGCCCCAGGGGACUCCCAGGUGGGCCAAACCAAGGAUCAGGAUGGGCCAUCAGAAAUGCAAGAAGGACACUUGAGACCAGGCAUAGACCCCCAGAGGAAGAAGCUCUCUGGGAAAAUGAGCCCUGAACAUGAUGGUUUAGGGACAGUGGAUGGUGUCUGUUCAUGGAUUGUACAGGAGCCAGUCCCUCUGGGAGGUGCUGUCCUUGACCAUGACUCCUGUGGAUCAGGUAGAGAUCCCGUGAUUCGGGAAGAGGAAAACAUCUUUAAAUGCAAUGAAUGUGGGAAAGUUUUUAACAAGAAACGCCUCCUUGCUCGACAUGAGAGGAUUCACUCUGGAGUGAAGCCCUAUGAAUGCACAGAGUGUGGGAAAACAUUUAGUAAGAGCACUUACCUCCUUCAACACCAUAUGGUCCACACUGGGGAGAAGCCCUAUAAGUGCAUGGAGUGUGGGAAAGCCUUCAACCGCAAGUCACACCUUACACAACACCAGCGGAUUCACAGUGGAGAGAAGCCUUAUAAGUGCAAUGAAUGUGGAAAAGCCUUCACCCACCGCUCCACUUUUGUCUUGCAUAACAGGAGCCACACAGGAGAAAAGCCCUUUGUGUGCAAGGAAUGUGGAAAAGCCUUCCGAGAUAGGCCUGGUUUCAUUCGACACUACAUCAUCCAUAGUGGUGAGAAUCCCUAUGAAUGCUUUGAAUGUGGCAAGGUCUUCAAACACCGGUCAUACCUCAUGUGGCACCAGCAGACUCACACUGGGGAGAAGCCCUAUGAGUGCAGUGAAUGUGGGAAAGCCUUCUGUGAGAGCGCAGCCCUCAUUCACCACUACGUCAUCCACACUGGGGAGAAGCCCUUUGAGUGCCUGGAGUGUGGGAAGGCCUUCAACCACAGGUCAUACCUCAAGAGGCACCAGCGGAUUCACACUGGGGAGAAGCCUUAUGUAUGCAGUGAAUGUGGAAAGGCCUUUACCCACUGCUCCACUUUUAUCUUGCAUAAAAGGGCCCACACUGGAGAAAAACCUUUUGAGUGCAAAGAAUGUGGGAAAGCCUUCAGCAAUCGGGCAGACCUCAUUCGACAUUUCAGCAUCCACACUGGAGAGAAGCCCUAUGAGUGCAUGGAGUGUGGGAAGGCCUUCAACCGCAGGUCAGGCCUCACGAGACACCAACGGAUUCAUAGUGGAGAGAAGCCCUAUGAAUGCCUCGAGUGCGGGAAGACCUUCUGCUGGAGCACAAACCUGAUUCGACAUUCCAUUAUCCACACUGGAGAGAAGCCCUAUGAGUGCAGUGAGUGUGGAAAGUCCUUCAGUCGAAGCUCAUCCCUCACUCAGCAUCAGAGGGUUCAUUCUGGGAGAAACCCUGUCAGUGUAACAGAAGUGGGAAGACCCUUCCCAAAUGGGCAAUCCUCGGUCAACCUCCAAGAACUCCUAUUGGGGGAAGACUUUUUGAAUGUAACCACUGAGGAAAAUCUUUUGCCAGAGGAAACAUCUUACUCAGAAUCUGAUCAUUCAUACCAAAGAGAAACCCCUCAGUUUUCUUCUCUGUGAGAAACCCUGUUGCAGGAUAUCAGUUGUCAUCUGAAGAGUCAUACUGGAAAUUGACCCAGCCUAGAGCCUUAUUCCAUGUCUGAGAUUCAUCCAGGAGAGAGACCCAGUGGUUAUUAUGCACUAAGGAAAACCUUCAGCUACAUCUUUCUCCUUAGUUUACACUGCAGUGUUAUCUCAGGAAUUUUCUUUUUAAGAAGAAGGAAGAGACUUAGAAGAGAAAAUGACCUGCAAACACAGUUUCUUUCUGACUUCCUUGCCAAGCCUAUGGCACUUUGUCAUGGAUCCCUUAGUUUACUUUGUAGGAAGAGAGUUUGUUUCAGAGAUAAAGGACCUAGACUCUUUAUGUGUUUGGUAUAUACGUUAAUUGCUGUCCAGUGUGAGGCGAGUUAGACAGUGGAGGGCAGGUCUGGAAACUUUCAUUGAACAUCUUUCUUCUAAAACAUUGUCUCUACUCUUGAGCUUAAUUUUUGUGAGAAGUAUGAAGGCUUGAGCCAUCAAAUACCUUUAUAUUUGAGGAGAUAAGAGUACACAUAUGAAUGGGCACAUUUUACUGCAUCAGUUAAGACUGUUUAAGGCUUUGAUUUUUAAAAAACAAACCUUUUCUUCAUGUGGUUUUAAAGAACUGAUAAUCAGACUUUUUCUUGAUCCUGUUCUAUUGGUUUAUUUGAUUGCUGUAGCUAUGUGGUAAAUCUUUUAAUUGAGUAAGGCGAUUCAUCUCUCUUUAAUCUUCCUAUUUAAAGUUAGUUUAAUACUGCUAGUUAUUUUGAAUUUCCAUAUAAAGAUUGAAUUAGCUUGUCUAUUUUUACAAAAAUCUUUAUCAAAUUUUGAUAGAAAUUGAGUUAAAUUGUAGAUCAGUUUUUUGAGAAUCAGCAUCUUUACUGUGUUGAGUCUUCCAAUUCAUAAACUCGGUAUGUCUCAGCAUUCAUUUAAAUAUCACUUGAUUUAUUUCGUUACUGUUUUGUAAAUUUCAGUAAUAGGUCCUGUACAAUUUUUGUAAGCUUUAUAUCUAGGUAUUUCUUUAUUUUGAGUGAUUAUAAAUAGCAUUGAUUUUUAAAAUUUCAAUUUUCGCACAACCUUUGGUAGUAUACAGAAAUACAGUUAUUUUUUGGAUGUUAUUUUGGUAUCUUGCAAUCUUGCUGAACUGUAGCCUUUUUUUUUUUUUUUUAUAAUAUGCUUGGGAUUUUCUACACAGAAAUAACAUGUGCAAAUAGAGACAGUUUUAUUUCUUUCUUCCCAUCCAUAUACCUUUUUUUUUUCUUGUCUUAGUGUACUGGCUAGGAUUUCCAAUAUGACUUUCAGUAGUAGUAGUGAGAAAGGAUAUCCUUGCCUGGUUCCUCGUAUUACAAGGAAAACAUUCAGUUUUUCACCAUUAAGUAUGAUGUUAGUUGUAAGGCUUCCUUCAUAGAGGUUUCUUUUUAAGUUUAGAAAGUUUCCCUCUAUUCCUGAUUUGCUGAGAUUUGUUAUUGUGAAUGGGUGUUGAAUUUUGUCAAAUGCGUUUUCUCUAUCAGUUGAUAAGAUCAUGUUUUUUUUCCUUCUGUAGCCGGUUCAUAUGAUGUGUUACAUUUAUUUGAAGUUUGAAUAUUGAACCAGUUUUGUAUCCUUGAACUAAGUCCCACUUGGUCAUGGAAUAUAGUUAUUUUUAUAUAUUGUAUUACAGUAUCCAGUAUGCUCGUAUUUUGUUGGGGAAGUUUUCCUGUUUCAUGAGUGAUCAUGGUAUGCAUUUUUCUUUCUUACUUUUGUUCAUUCUUUUUUUUGUACUGUCAUUGUCUAGUUUAGUGUCUAGAUGAUACUGGCCUCCCAACAUGUGUUGAGAGGUGUUCUUUCUUCUAUUAUUUGGAAGACUGUGUAGAAUUGGUUUUAUUUGUUUUAAUGUUUGGUAGCAUUCUCCAGUGAACCAUUUAGGCCUGGAGAGUUUUCUUUUGAAUGCUUUUUAUUUAUUUAUUUUAUUUAAUAUGUAUAGAACUAUUCAGAGUAUUUGUUUCAUAUUGGAUGAAUUUUCAUAGUUUAUUCUUUUCUAGGACUUGUUCCAUUUCAUCUAAAUUUUCUGAUUUGUUUUGAGUAUUCCUUUAUAAUCCUUUUAAUGGCAGCAGAAUCUGUACUUAUAUCCCACGUUUUAUUCCUGUUGUUGGAAACAUGUCUUCUCUGUCAGUCUUCUGAGACAGUUCUCAAUUUUAUUCACUGUUUUAAAGAACCAGCACUUUAUAUUAUUGUUUUUUUCUCUGUUAUCUUUCUGUUCUUAAUUUCACUGAUUUCUCUUCUGAUCUUUAUUAUAUCCUUUCUUCUACUUGUUUUGGUUGUAUUUUGCUCUGUAGUUUCUUGAGAUGGUUGCUUAGAUUUUUUAAUUUUUCUAAUGUAAGCAUUAAGUUCUAUAAAUUUUGUUCACAGCACUGUUUUAGCUUCAUCUCACAAGUUUUAAUACAUUUUAAUUAUAUUUCAUUCAGUUCUAUUUCUUUAUUUGAGACUUCCUCUCUAAUCUAUGGAUUAUUUAGUAUUAUGUUGUUUAAUUUCCUAGUGUUUAGAGUAUUUCAUGCUUUUUGUUAUUGAUUUUCUGUUCGUUUUACAUUUGAUCUGGCUGUUUAAAUUUGCUGAGAUUUGUUUUAUGACCCAGGAUAUGGUCUAGCUUGAUGAAUGUUCUGUAAUUCUGCUUGAAAAGAAUGUGUAAUCUACUGUCUUCGGGUGGUGUUUGUAUCAAUGUCUACACAAUCAUGUUGGUUGAUGAUGUUAUUCAGAUUUUCUAUAUCCUUGCUGAUUUUCUGGCUAGUAAUUCUAUCAAUAGCUGAGAGAGGGGUGUUGAAGCCCUGCCCUGUAAUUCUGGAAUUAUCUGUUCCUCCUUUAAGGUCUGUCAGUUUGUGUCUCAUGUAUUUCAAAGCUCUGUUGUUUGGUGCGUACACUUAGGAUUGCUAUGUCAUCUUGAUGUAUUGACCCUGUUAUCUUUAUAUAAUGUCCCUUUUUGCCCCUGUAAUUUUCUUUACUUUGAAGUAUACUUUAUCUGAUAUUAAUGUAGUUACUACUGCAUUUUGUAGUUAACGUUUGCAUGAUUUAUAUUUUUCCAUAAUUUUAUUUUCAACCUUAUUUAUAUUGUUACAUUUGAAGUAAGUUUCUGGCAAUAGCAUAUAGUCGGGUUAUGCUUUCUUUUUAUACAUUUUACCAAUUUCUGUUUUUAAAUUGGUAUAUUUAGACCAUUUAAACUUAAAGUAAUUAUUGAUAUGAUAGGGCUUGUCUCCCAUUUUAUGAUUUGUUUUUUGUGUUUGUUCCAUUUAUUGUUCCUCUUGUUAUUUUUUUUGCCUUCCUGUGGGUUGCUUUAAUUUUUAUAAUUCCAUUUGAUAUAUCUAUGAUGUUUUUGAGUAGAUCUCUUUGUAAUUUAGUGGUUACUCUAGGUGUUAUGUUGUAUACACAUGACAUCACAGCCUUCCAUUUUAGCACUUUGAUGUGUAGAAACCUUACUUCUGUGGGGUCCCCUUACAGUCCCCAAUCUUCAGUAUUUCCUGUUCGUACACGAGCACCAUACUGGACGAUGUCCUCAUUUUUACUUCAGCUGUCAAACAUUUUUUACAAAUCUCAUGAGAAGCAUAGUUUACCUCUACUUUUACCCGUUCCAUUGUUCUUUCUUCCUUGUUGAAAUUCCAAGAUUUCUUUUGUUAACAUUUCCUUUCUUUUUUGUGAAUUCCUGUGGUCUUUCUUCUAGAGUAGGUCUUCUGAGCAAAUAUUUCUGUUUUCCUUCAUCUAAAAAUGGCUUUAUGUCCCUUGGUUCCUGAGGAUAUUUUUGUGGGACAUAGGAUUCGGGCUCAGCAGUUCUUUUCUUUCAGUACGUGAAAAGCAUGUCAUUUCCUUCUGUCCUUUUUUGUUUCAGAUGAGAAAUCUACUGCAUUUGACCCAUUGUUUUCCUAUCUGUAAUGCAUCCUUUCUGUCAAGCUGCUUUCAGAGUGUUUUUUCUUUGUAUAUAGAGUUCAGAAGUUUGAUUAUGAUGUAACCUGGCAUGAAUCUUUUGGGUUUAUCCUGUUUAGUGUUUGCUCUGCUUUUUGAAUCUAUUAGUAUAUGCCCAUUGCCAAAUUUGGGAAAUUUUUAGUUAUUAGUUCUUCAAAUAUUUUUUCAUCCCUAUACUUUCUCCUCUCUUUCAGGGACUCCAAUAACAUGAAUGGUAGAUCUUUUCUUGUUUCACAGGUCCCUCAGGCUCUCAUGGUUUUUUCCCCCAGUCUGUUUUCUCUCUGUUGCUCAGAUUGAUUAAUUUUCCCUGAUCUUUCUUUGAGCUCACUGAUUCUUUUCUCUCUCAUAUUUAAACUACUAUUGAGCUCACCCACUGAGUUUUCCUUUUGGUUUUUGAUGUUUCAAUUGUUUAAUUUCCAUUUGGUUUUUUUAUACGUCUUCUAUUUCUUUGCCUAGUUUAUAAUGCCAAAGAAGGACACUGAGAAAACAGACAAAACUGUGUAGUCCAAAGUCAUGGUUCUCCGGUGGUUUAUCUUGAUGUUGAAAUAGAAAUCCUAAGUUAUUUGGAGGAAUGGAAGGCCUAAAGUCUUCUGUGUUGGCAUCCACAAGUAUUUCUAAGAACAAAUCUAACAACUGAGGGUGAUCCACAGAUUUUCAAGGUUAUGUUCUCCAGGAAAGAUUUGUGUGUAAAAUUCCCCAGCUCUCUAAACCCUCUUACAGCCUCAAAGGAGAUGGGGCCACCCCUCUGCCAGGAUCACUCUUCCUCUUUAUGCUUUAACACAUUUCCCCUACUCUUCAACUUUCUAGGACCACUUUCUUUUACAUCCCCACUGCUAGAUCUUUAACAUUUUCCUCUUAAGCCCCUUCUAUCCUCAUAAUCUGUACCUAUGUUCAAGUCUAGUCUUACCCCCAUCCACUUUCUGCCCCGUAAGCCCAUUGAGCUCUGUCUUUCUCCUUUCUCUCACAGACUCACUGUGUCUAACUGUCCUGUCCACUGUCUGUCCCCACCCCGUACUCCCUUUCACUCCACUGACUACUAAAGAAUGGCCUCCACUGUCUCCUGACUUAAGCUCUUCUCACAAAGUUCCGUUUUGCAUCGUGGUGGUUGCCCCUCUCCCAACUCCAUUAUUGGACGUUUUUACUGCUGCCUACCUCUUUGAUUUGAAGAUCCUUUCCUUGUUUCUGUGAGUUCCUGCCCUUCCCCUAAAGAGGUCCUAUGUCUUCCUUCCAUCUAUUAAAUAAUGCUGCUUUCCAGGAUCCAUCUUUGGCCAUUGCUUUCUCACUUGUGAUGUGUGGCAUGAGUGAGUUAAUUCCCUCUCAAGGGAUUGUACUCUUAAUGGUCUACAGAGUUCCCCCAAAUCCAUGUCUCCAGGUUGAGCAUUUCUCAUGUCUGUUACCCACUGGUCACCCUUCCACACCUUCUCUGUAUUCAUAUUCACUGAGUUUAUGCACAUGUCGCGUGGCCAUCACCAUGAGGAUGCACCCAUAGUAAUCAUAAGAGCAAGCAAGCAUAUAGUAUUACUAUGUAUUAGCUGUUGUUUUUGAAUAUUUUACACACAUCAACUCUUUUAACCUUUGCAACAAGUCUUUGUAGUAGGUAAUGUUAUCCCCAUUUUACAGAUCAGAAAACUGAGGCAUAGAAAAGUUAAGGGAAUUUGCCAAGGAAUUAGAAAGUAUGAGAUUAGGGGUGGGAGGCCAGUUAGGCUGGCUGCAGAAUCCAGGCCCUUCUCACUUUCCUGUGUUGCUUCUCAUGGGAUGAGUCUUUGUUUUCCUGGUCACCAUUCAUUUUUACUAAAAUGAAUUAAAUAGUGCUCAUUUAGCUAUAACGCUUUUUCUCAUUUGAUGGUACAUCUUGGCCGUCCCUUCAGGUUGAGUGAGAUAAACCAGACUCUCUCUCUAAUGGCUGCAUAAUCUGGUGUAACUGUGUAGAAAAUGCAGAUAAUCUCUGCAUUUGAGGUCGGGGGGAGGCAGAGAAGGGCGAAGGUGGGCAUUUGGUUUUCAGCAUUGUGUUUGAGGUGCCUGCAGAACAGCUCAGUGAAUCCCACUAUCUUCUGCCUUGUCGCCCAAGCCAGACGCCUCGCAGCCAUUUUUCUGUCAUCAUCCUGGCAUCCAGCCACUCUCCCGUUCUGUUCAUCUGUUCAUUUUACCUUUUUAUUUUCCUUAGUAGACACUCAACAGAUGUGUGUUUUAGUGAGUGGCUACACACAGCAGGGUAUUUUUAUUACAAUGUUUGGGUCCUCGCAGAAUGUUUACACAAAGCUGUGAAUAUAUUUGGCACAGUAUAUGACAUGAUUCAAAGAGAAUCUACAUGGGGUUUUAUGGUCUGAUAUAUAAGACUCUAAAAGUUAUAAUGAAUGAUUGUGUCAGAGGUCCUCCCAGAGGUCACCCCAGGUUUGAUGAUUUACUAGGAAGGCUCACAGGACUCAGCAUAUUAUCGUACUCAAUGACUAUGAUUUAUUACAGCAAAAAGAAUACAAAACAGAUUCAGGCAAGGGAAAAGGCACAAGGACCGAAGUCCAGCGGAAACCAGAGACAUGUUUCAGGAGUUCUGAUGUUUAAUUUAAGCUCCAUCAGUGAGUUAUGACAGCAUGUGUGAAAUGUCUACUAGGGAAGCUCAUUAGAAACUCACUGCCCCAGGGUUUUUAUUGGGCUCCCUUUGUCUAGAACAUAACCAGAAUUCUAGACCUCCAGAAGGAUAGCAGGUGACCAGCAUAAGCCACAUGUUUACACAAACAAUAGGCACACUGAGCCAUUCCUUGUUUCUGGGAAUGAUGGGAAAUCUCCCGAAAUCUAAGCUUCCAAAUUCCAGCCAUGUGCAAACUUUGAAGCUCAAAGGAUGGCAGUCUAAGGCCUGCUACGUUAACUACUCUUCAUAGUGAUUUAAACGGUACUAAAAUGUUGAGUAAGUUCAAAUAUCUGUAACAAAUAUCGAACAAGUACAGUUUGCUACAAGAAAAUAUGUCAUAGCUUUGAGGUAAAGUCAUAUAUACAUGUAAACCAUUGUAACUAAAAGAAUCAGUUAAAUCACAAUGGAAAUUCUUACAAACGAAGCAGACAGGAUUUAACUUAGUGAUGACAAGUACAGAGAAUAUCUGAUAAGAAAGGAGGUUGCCUCUCUCAUUAUCUGUAUAGAUAGAUAUGUCUUCAAGUCAUUUGACUUUUGAAUAUUCCCUUCAUUUGCCUUUAUUUCUAUAAAGAUGUAAUGGCCAGGUCAAUGCUGUGUAUUUCCAUUGCACAUAUGUCAACAAUUUCUCGUCUACUCUUUGUUCCCACUAUUGAAACUUGUAGCCUUUGGCUUCAACAAAAAGAAUUAAAGAAUAUGGA